CUCAUAAAGUCAAGAAAGAAAUCAACCCAUUCUCAUUCUCACUCCAUUGCCGUUGCAUUACUUCUCCCAAUUAAUAAAUAUUACUAUUAAUCCUUUUUAUUUUCGGUCGAUAUGACUUUUGGAUCUUCACAACUUGUCAGGCCUACCAAAACGAAUACGUGAGAAAAACCAAACUCAUCCAUCACCUUCCGAAAAUACCCCGUCUUUGGUACUCGGAUGAAUUCGUUGAGCUGUGGUUGAAUAAUUUAGACUAGUAAAGUCCUAUCUUGUUUAACAAGCACACGAGAUAAAUAACUCGGACCUUAACCCCCCACUCAUUCAGAACAUCUCUCAUUUGUUUGCAUUGAUUGUUCUAAUCUACACCCACCCAUCAUCAUGGCCAGCGAGGAACAGGUUCAUGAACAUAUGCCUCAAAAGGCCAAGCACAAGGAACAAUUUCCUAUGACAAAUUGGAUAUAUGAUGUAUUUCUGUGGACAUUUUCAAUACUCGUCGAUCUUUUCUUCCGAGAAGUCCAUCCGAGAGGAUCAUGGAAAGUUCCAAGACGCGGGCCGGUUAUCUUUGUAGCAGCCCCUCAUGCAAACCAGGUAUGCGGCAGCAAGCUUUGAAACUUUGAAGCUCUUGAUUGACACGUCCUUUUAGUUUGUCGACCCCCUUAUUCUAAUGCGCACGCUCCGAAAUGAAUGCCAUCGUCGCGCCGCUUUUCUUAUCGCCGCCAAAUCUAUGGGUCGAUUCAUCGUGGGUUGGUUUGCGCGUAAAGUAGGCGCGGUUCCUGUCGGAAGAGCUCUGGAUAUGGUGAAGCCUGGAUCUGGUACAAUAUACCUACCAGAUCCUAUCAACGACCCACUUCUCAUACGUGGAGUUGGUACAAAAUUUGAUGGGAAAGAAGUACAAGUUGGAGGAUUAUUGGUUUUGCCUACCAUGGAGGGAACCGCUGCCAAUACCGAAAUAGCGGAAGUAAUUAGCGCCGAGGAGUUGAGAUUGAAGAAACCUUUCAAAGGCCGAAAUGCUAUGAUACAGCUCACAGGGCGAGACGAUGUUGACGAAAAUGGCAAGUUUGCUAAUCAGUCUGUUAAGGGUACCAAGGAAGGUUUUGGAGGAUCGAAAUACAAGACCGCUCCGAAAGUUGAUCAAACCCAAGUGUAUGAUGCCGUGUUUGAUCGCCUCAGUGGUGGUGGAGCUGUUGGAAUCUUCCCCGAAGGUGGUAGCCACGACAGGACCGAAUUACUUCCUCUUAAGGCUGGUGUGGCUAUUAUGGCACUCGGAUCGUUGGCCGCUAACCCUGAUAGUGGCCUUCAAAUUGUACCAUGUGGUAUGAACUAUUUCCACGCCCAUAAGUUCCGUUCAAGAGCCGUAAUUGAGUUUGGUAAUCCUAUCGAAGUUCCAAAAGAGCUUGUUGAGCUCUAUAAAAGUGGAGACCGAAGGGGGGCAGUCAGUCAAUUACUGGAUAUUGUAUACCAAGCUCUUGUUGCUGUCACUGUCACAAGCCCUGAUUAUGAUACCCUCAUGCUUAUUCAAGCCGCCCGAAGACUGUAUAAUCCAACUGGAAAGAAACUUCCACUUCCAAUGGUAGUUGAAUUAAAUCGAAGACUGGUUAAAGGCUAUACACAUUAUAAAGAUGACCCAAGGAUUGUACAACUCAAAAAAUCUGUAUUGGAUUAUAACAGACAACUACGCUACAUGAACCUUAGAGAUCAUCAAGUCGAAUACGCUAAGUUCUCUGUUCCAAGAGCCGUAUUUCUUCUGUUUUACCGCCUAGGAAAGCUAGCUGUUUUGUCUAUUGGCGUUAUUCCAGGACUCUUCUUAUUUGCACCAGUUUUCAUAGCUUCGAAAAUUAUCAGCAUCAAGAAAUCAAAAGAAGCUUUAGCUGCAUCUACAGUCAAACUUCAAGGUCGGGAUGUUAUGGCAACAUGGAAACUAUUGGUUGCCCUUGCCUUUGCACCGAUUCUAUACAACUUUUACACCAUCAGUCUUGCAUACUGGACUUACAGAAAUAGAGUUCAAGGGUAUGUACCUGAAUGGGUCCCAUUGUGGGCAAUCUUCGUGUUCGGAUACAUUCUCUUUCCAGCUAUUACCUUUGCAGCUCUUCGUUUCGGAGAAGUAGGCAUGGACAUUGCCAAAUCGUUGCGACCUCUAACAGUAGCUCUUAACCCAGCAUCAAGUAACGUUAUGUUCAACCUCCGUGAGCGCAGAGCUCAACUCAGCGCACAGGUUACGGACGUUAUCAAUACUCUUGGCCCAGAGAUGUUUCCCGAUUUCGAUGCUUCCAGAAUAGUAGCUGAUCCUUUCAACCGCGAUGGUCUCAAGACUCCUACUUCACCUCGUCAAAGUGAUCUACGUCGCAAUAGCAAUCAAUCUGGUAUCUCGGAUGAAUCACCACCACGUGUUCUUCACAGAAGUAAUACUGCAGGUGCAUCUAUUGGGGGUGGCUCAAGUAUGAAUGGCCAUCUUCCGCGUAACGAAUCAUUCGGGAAUCUAGGUAACAUCGCACUCUUUGCAACGCGACCACCUUCUAGGAGUCGCAGUCGCAGUAGUAGCAGUGGUGGUGUCGUAGGGUCAGCAGGAUUUCCGUUGAAGAGCUUUAGUGCGUUGGAUGGGAAAGCAAGCUUUGAUGAGGUUAGUAUGAAGAUUCGUGGAGCAAUGAAGGAGAGAGGGCAAACGAGACGGAGACAGAGUGAGGCGACGAGGGAAGAAGAAAAUGCGGCGUAUAGUAGUGAAGAUGAAGAAAGGAAACGGGUCUAGAGAAAGAAGAAAUCGAAAAGUCACUGGGUUGGGUAAUUUGAGGGAAGGUCAUAGUAUAGACAAAGUGGGUUGACACGGAUGGGAUGGGAAAUUGUUAGCCAGGCGUAGCGUGGGCGUUCAGGAGGGAAAUACCACUGUAGAUGGAUAUCUUUCAGCUUCCUCCGCGGAAUGAAAAUCAUGUCCGGUUUAUUCACGUGUGCCGGUUCUUGAUGCAUUAUUGAAACGAUUCGAAGUCGGUUCCCUCAUCACCCAAAAUGCUUUUGCUGAUUGACUCCAAUAUGUAUCUAUAGGUACUUCACCUCAUCAACACAUAGUAUACCUCACUAAUU